AUGCACCUUAGGUCUUCGCCUCCUGCCCUCGAGCUAAACCUUCAGGGCAAUACUCUCUUGACAUACUCGGCCUCUGCUGCUCAGGUUCGUCUGACUUUCAUGGCUACACGACCUCAACAGUCGGACAGAUUUGAUGUUGCAUCUACUGACAUGACUACUCAGUCUAGCUACCAUUACCAAUCCCACCCUAAUCCCCACACUCAUCAAAGCAACCGCCGCUGCCCUCUCUCCUCUGGUUCACCCCAGCUUCUUUUAUCUAACCUGGCAAAACCUUCGGUCUCGCCAUAUACUCAUUCCGCCCGGUCUCACCAAAAUAUUCGGCCCUCUAAACAUCAAUGUAACAAUAUUAAACAAUCACAGCCUACUCGCCUGAACGGAAAUCUAUUCAAUGAAAUCUGCCCUGAAAAGGCAUCCUCUAGUCUCUUUUCUGGUUCUUUAAAUGACGCAUGCACUAAAAUGUCUUCAACUUCGUCGUGUGAGCAUCCUUUAUCCUCUAUAUUUACUGUAACUUCUUCGGAUGAGUCACUCAAUCUCUCAGCUCAAACUCGUCCGAUGCCCACAUUUGGCCAGCAGAAAACAAAUUCCUGUCUAGCUCGGCUACUUACCUCUUAUCCUCACAAUCCGGAGCCAAAUCUUGGAUCCACUCCGUCUACCUCUCAAAAGACAUUUAAACACCCGAUAAGCUCAACAGUUGCGAACGAGUCUAUUCAUGAAGAUGGAACUUGCUCAAAAAUGGAUCAGAAUCUCAGCUCCGAAUCCCCGGCCUCUGAAUCUCUCAGAGGAGUUCGUUUUAAUUGUAUUAGUUGUAAUACCCUCAACGAUAGUGCUCCCAUCGUCGGAUUGCCUUCCACCAGUGCCUCACUCCUAGAUCAGAGCCUUGGGGAGUCCCAAGAUUUUUCUUGCAUUAUGAGCACUGGAAAUAAUGUGGCCGCUCUCUCACCAGCCAUAUUAUGGCCGUCUCCGCCUGAUAACUUGUCCGCUGGUAACUGGUUUUGUCCAUUUUGCGCUGCUCAGUUUAGCAUCAGUAAGUCUUGA